GCAGUUCAUCUGGUGAGGGCAGUCCCAGGCCAGGGUGGCCAGGCUCAGGGUCUCCUCAGAGUCUGGACUUCCUCACAGCCCCGGUUCUGGGGAGGCUGAGGUGAAGACAAACCUGCCUUCUUGACAGCAGCCUCCUCUCAGACCAGGUCUAGUGAGGGAGUCUUCUCAGAGCCUGGAGACUCCUCACAGCCCAGUUCUCAUGAGGCCGCGGUGCCCGCAGUGAAGAUCCAGGAUGGCAGGAUGCAGUUCUGAAAGAAUUAUAGGCUUUCAUCCGGAUUAUUAUAGGCUUAACGUUUUUCGUAUUCCUUUACUUCAUCUUAGUACCUGUGGGAUCUGCAGUAUCCCCUUUCUCAUUCCUUAUCAUGCAGAAAAUGAAACUCUGCUCUCUAUCUUCUACCAUACACAAGCUCUGCACCAAAUGUGCCAUAGACCAGAUACCCUGAAAAUGCCAAAGGACACAGUAGAGAAAAUACUCCCACUUCUAAGCACAGCAGCAGAAUCUGGAAGAAGAGGAGUUAUACAGUUGCCCAGCAGAGAUACUUCUUUGCUCUCUCAGCCUGGAUGCCUGUGGCAACAGUUGCAGUAGGAAGAGCCCACCUGCAAGUCUUCCUGUCAGCUUCAUUGGAUCCUGGGAACCCACAAUUUCCUGCUCUUCACCAAGUUCUGGUUAGCCACAAUCUAAAUCAAACAAUCUGGAUUGAUGACCCAUAAUUCUGUCUCUGGCUAUGGCGCUCUUCAAAGCCACUGUAGACCAUUAUCAAAUCAUAGAGUCUUUGUUUACAUUAGGGGAAAUGAAUCAUCAGAGAUGCUUUGAUUACUGGAAGCCCAGCACCUACAUGAAGGCUGACAUAAUCCUAGGUGCAUUUGUCCCCAUUUACAUCACAGUAGAAGGAUUCGACAAAAGCCAUAUAUUUUUUGAGAUCAAACCGGAUAUAUUUGAUAAUUUUCUAGGGAGAUGGAAAAACUAUCAACAUUUGCUGACCUUCUACUUUGCCAUUGAGGAGAUCAAUAAGGAUGUCCACCUGCUUCCCAAUGUGACGUUGGGUUUCCACCUCUACAAUGCCUUUAACUCCCACCGAAGAAUCUUGGAGGGCCCUCUGAUGUGGCUGUCUGGAAGGAGUGAGUUUAUCCCUAACUACAAAUGCAAAACUCAACACAAAGCUCUUGGAAUCAUUGCAGGAACCAGGCCUGAAUUUUCUGCUUCAAUUGGAACCCUUUUAGAGCUCUACAAAGUUCCACAAGUCACAUAUGGAACUUUUGAUUCUAUGCUAAGUGACAAAGAUACAUUCCCAUCCCUUUACCAGAUGUCUCCUAAAGACACAGCUCUAACCCAAGGGGUGACCUCUCUACUGCUGCACUUUGGCUGGAAGUGGGUAGGGCUCAUCGUGUCUGAUGAUCUGAAAGGAAAGGAGUUCCUCUCUGACCUGAAAGCAGAGAUGGUAUCAGAAGAUAUCUGUGUGGCUUUUACAGAAAAACUCCAGGCUAAUUGGAAGUUUCAGUUAACAUCUGAGGUUGGGUUGGUGAAUUUGAUCCAACACACACAAGCAAAUGUGCAUGUAUUCUAUGGUGAUAUAGAUGACUUAGUAUUUUUCUGCAUGGAAAAUGAAAUCAUGAAAGCCAGAAGGAAGGUGUGGAUCAUGGCAAAGUCUCACUUAGUUUACUUAGAGUCUGUAUUCUAUGGAAAAAAUUAUUUGAAGGACUUUUUUGAAGGAAGCUUCUCAUUUUCAAAGAAGAGAGAUAUCCCUGGCUUCAAGCCCUUUCUAGAGGCACUUACACCCUCCUGGUACCCAGGAGAUCUUUAUUUCCAUAAAUUCUGGAUUGACAAUUUUUAUUGCUCAACUCCUACUCUGCUAUGUGGAAAUCAUAAACCCUGCCCACUGAAUACAUCCCUAAAGACAAAGCAAGAAAAAAAUAUGAUGGUCACGUCUGAGCCCAGUUUUUCCAUAUGGAAUGCAGUGUAUGCAAUGGCCCACGCCCUCCAUAAAAUGCUUUUGAGGACAACAGAAAUGGGAUCUCAUGAAGACACAAACCACGACAGGCUUCUACCCUGGCAGCUUCAUCCUUUUCUGAGAAAAAUUGAAUUUACAAAUGCUGCUGGAGACCAAAUAUGCUUUGAUGAGAACAAGAAUCAUGUGGAAAAGUAUGAUGUACAAAAUUUUAUGGGACAUACAAAUCAUUAUUCAUUUCUAGUUAAAGUAGGAGAGUUUGUCUCCAGGAGUCCACAAGAUCAAGGCUUGUUCAUCAAUGAAGUUAUGAUCAAAUGGCCAAGCAACUUCAAUCAGACUCCUCAAUCUGUAUGUACACAGAGCUGUGGUCCAGGUUUCUGGAAAAUUCUACAAGAUGAAAGACCUGUCUGCUGUUUUUCUUGUGUGCUUUGUCCAGAGAGUUACAUUUCCAACCAGACAGAUCAGCAGGAGUGUAUCCCUUGCCCACUUGAAGAGUAUUCAAAUCCUGAAAGAACCAACUGCCUUCCCAAGUCAGUGACAUUCCUGUCCCUUGAGGAUUAUCUGGGCAUAGUUCUGUCCUGCACAGCUCUGUGCUUCUCUGUCAGUACAGCUGUAGUUUUGGGGAUCUUUCUCAAACACCAAGACUCACCCACUGUUAAGGCCAAUAACCGGACACUCAGCUUCAUCCUGCUCAUCUCCCUCCUCCUCUGCUUUCUAUGUUCCUUCCUUUUCAUUGGCCACCCAAGCACAGCCUCCUGCAUAUUGCAGCAAAUUACAUUUGCACUUGUGUUCACGCUGGCUCUUUCCACUGUUUUGGCCAAAACUAUAACUGUAAUUCUGGCCUUUAGAGCCCUGAAGCCAGGAAGGACAAUGAGAAGGCUGCUUGUCUCAGGCAUCCAUAACUCUGUCAUCCCCAUCUGUGUCCUGAUCCAGUUUAUUCUUCUUGGAGUCUGGCUGGGAACCUCGCCUCCCUAUAUUGAAGCAGAUUUACACUCUGAACAUAGAAACAUCAUCGUUUUGUGCAACAAGGGCUCACUUACUGCUUUCUACUGUGUGCUGGGAUACUUGGGGAUCCUGGCCCUAGGGAGCUUCACUCUGGCUUUCCUGGCCAGGAACCUGCCUGACACAUUCAAUGAAGCCAAGUUCCUGACAUUCAGCAUGCUGGUGUUCUGCAGUGUCUGGAUCACCUUCCUCCCUGUCUACCACAGCACCAAGGACAAGGCCAUGGUGGCUGUGGAGGUCUUCUCCAUUUUGGCUUCCAGUGCAGGGCUGCUAGGAUGCAUCUUUUUCCCAAAGUGCUACAUUAUUCUUGUUAAACCUGAUGAGAACUCUUUGAAAUAUUUUAAGAACAAAAUACAAUCUAGAUAA